CUCACCACAGCGCUGUCCAAUAAGCUCUCAGAAUAUCAACAGAUCUUUGGACACGUUCAUGAGGCUGGCGGCAAAAAAGCCGAGUUUUAGCUGAACGCAAGUUAAACCAAGCUUGUUACAAUGGAAGCGCAAACCAACCCUUACUCAAAUCAGGUCGGCUCGGCCUCCACGCAGAGUGAAACUCGCGUUAUUCAAAAUCAUCCGACCACCAUGGCCUACGUACGAGAUGAACACACAGUUGUAAAGUACGAGAAUCUUGCUCCGGCUGCGAGCGUAGCUUCGCUGAACGACCAGCGAGUAGGGAAUAAUCACCUCGCAACACACCAGUGGGUUGUACAAGACCAUACUGGAGCCGUUGGUUGGCCAGCGAACACAGUGAGUUUACAAGAAGUUAAACCAAUCUUAAGAGAGGAUGCUUCGCCUGUUAUAACAACAAUUGCUGGAGCAACGCUCGUCCAUCAUCGACCUGGUGGCCACCCUGUAAUGCCUUUAGAGCAAGCACGUUGGCCCAGUACUGCGUCGCAUGGGGCACACUCGCCUGACCACACGCGUAUCCAUAUCAGCAGCGCGAUGCAAGCAGUUCCAACGACUCAUCCAUCGUACGGCACGAUAAACGGAACGGUCCAACUUCAAGGAGCUUUCCCGCAAGCGCCGCAAACAAUUCGCGAAAAUCCGAACGGCCAAGACGCGCCGCACGGAUCUCACCCCGAACUAGAAACACAGGACGACACUCCUACGUCUGAUGACUUGGAACAAUUUGCGAAAGAAUUCAAACAGCGUAGAAUCAAGCUUGGUUUUACUCAAGCGGAUGUCGGGCUAGCGCUGGGUACACUGUACGGAAAUGUUUUCAGUCAAACCACCAUUUGCCGUUUCGAGGCUCUGCAGCUGAGUUUUAAGAAUAUGUGUAAACUCAAGCCCCUGUUAGGCAAAUGGCUCGAGGAGGCGGAUAACAACAACGGUGCUGCGAGUGGCAUCGACAAGCUGGCUACUCAGGGUCGGAAACGUAAGAAGAGAACCUCCAUCGAGGUGGCUGUUAAGGGUGCUCUGGAGAAUCACUUCUGUAAAAAUCCCAAACCGUCUGCGCAAGAGAUCGGCACGCUCGCUGAAAACCUCGGACUCGAUAAGGAGGUGGUUCGAGUGUGGUUCUGCAACAGGCGUCAAAAGGAAAAGCGAAUGACUGCUUCAGUUACUGGCGGAGCCGAAGAUCAACACGUCGGGUCUCCUCAUGUUUCUUCGCCUCACGUAUCGUCUGGUCAUGUCUCUUCUCCGCAUAUUGUUGGUGCGCACAUCGCAGGGCCGCAGUAAGACUUCGUGUGUGUUCUGUCACUCUUCGUAAAUAUAUAGUCGCCAAAAUGUAUUUUUCUAUUGCGCGAAUGAACAAGGAACUAAACUUACAGACAGGCGUGUUAAGUCGAUUAACUCUGACAUUUUUGUACGCCGUCUCGAAAGGGAAGCUGAAUGUGAAAUAGUCUAAUUUCAGCUAGCGUAAGCGCUCGGAGAGAAUUUCGAUUUCAAGUCGGCCGCCUUUCUAAGGAUAUGCAAAAAGGUAUUCUAAUAUUAUGGGCAUGAUUGUAUGUAAAUACUUACUUUGAAAGCUAGAGUAUUUUGCAUUAAGUUUAGAGGAAUUCCAGGGAAAAGUAUCUAGGACUAGCAGUUUCUUUUAUCACGAACGUUGCGCUGUGUUUAACAUUGCCAAAAGGCCCAAGUUAGGGGUUUUUGUUCGAAGGAUCAUGUGUAAAUACUCUCGAUGGACGCGUAUAAUUUGUCUACUCACCAAGAAACCUAUAUGCUCGUAUUCUGGGCUAAAAAAUCUUUAUUUAGAGUUGUUUUCUGGCAAUGUGAACAAUAUAUUUAUCGUACUUUUCUAUGUUAAACAUGCAUGCUUUUCCAGCCAUCAUACUGUACCCUCAGAUAAGUUAUUAAAACCUUUUCAGUUUAACAUGCUUUGUGCUGGUUUGCUUUUUAGGCUUUAGUUAUUCAACGUUUUUUGCGCAUAUUUUUCGCUGUUCUUUUAAUUGUCAGGAUCAGUGUUUCAUGGGCUUUUCUUUUCAAUCGUUUAUUGAGUACUUUCUUUUCUUUUCAUUCUCGUUUGAGCGCAAUUUGUUUCGACGGAAUUCACCGGCGAGGUAAAGUGAGCUGUAGAUGCAUAGCAAAGAAGUUCAUUCAUGACUCUGCUGAUGUAUGCAAAUCGAAACAAUUUCUUAUUUAAAUUCUCCCAUACAUUAAAUGCACUAUGUUUCUUGAAUUUGUAAAGACAGGAAUAUGCUCGCUCGUGAACGGUUUCUUGCUUUUGAGGCGAACUUGGCGACAGCGCAAUGAAAAAGCUUGGUUCAGAAUGGUUCGUGUCACCGCCCUAGUCAGCCGUAAAUUUUAAACACGACUUGCUGCUUUCGUCUGAAAUCGAAACAGAAUUCAGUAUAUGCGGAUCAGACUUGUAUUAUUCAGGCUAAGAAUGGACUUGAUUUCGAACUGAGGAGCAAGGUGUCUACAAUUCAUUUCCGUCGAGCGUUUUAUUCUUGUCAAUGUUCGUAUAAUGUUUGGUUCUGCCGUGUUCAACAUGUUUCGUCGCGACGGACAUGUUUUGUAAUGUCGAUUCGGGAACCUGUCGGGCGAAUCGCUUUGAAUAAGUUUUCACUCUCCGUAAGCACACCACAUUUAAAUGUUCUCGAUAAAAACAAACCAUGCUUAUUAAUUUUACAAGUUUUACAAGUGUAGAUAGGAAAAACAUAUCUAUACGCGAUUUGUCUUUAUGGCAGUUUUUCCUUUGAACCUUCUCGAUGGAAUUAUGCCCGCCACAUGUAAAAAACAUCGAAUUGUUACAAAUAUAACAGGCUAAAAAUACGGAAGUCUUUUCUAAAAUAUUCAGAAUUUUUGUUUUCCUCUUCAUACACAUUUAUCCCGAGACGUAUUUUUUAACCUUCCUCUCAAAUUACAAUUUUUUUGCGACUCAAAUCUUCGAAGUUGUACUCUCCCGAGUCACAACUCAGCAAUAGUUUGUUGUUUAUGUUAGUUCAAACAAUAUCUGACAUUUGAAGUAUGUUGCAUCAGCUCUCGCAGUACGUUAAAAGCAAUUGUAAUCUGGAACUGUUUUCCAUAAUUGAGGAAUAUAUUCAUGAGUUAUAGGCAGUCAAAAUCAACGCGUUUUUGUCGGACUUUGGAAAGUGACUUUCAGUUAACGAGCUCGCAUGUUGUUAGCCUGACAAAUAUGGGCAACUGAGUGUUUUCCAUCGGGGAUGUUGUAUGUGUUGUGAAUAAAAAUUUCUCGUUUAAGAUGAA